AUGUCAAGAUCAUCAACCCCUCCUUUUCAGCUGAGACGUCCCAAUCUAGGUUCAGGUCUGAAUCUAGCUUCGGGAGCAGCAGGACAAGGAUCAACCUCCACUUCUCGAGUACCGACACCUCUAGGGAGAGGGGUGAUAUCGUUGGAUGAGUGGGAGAGCAAAUCGCCAUUGACGGAUGAUCAGCUUCAGAGUAUAUCUAUAGUGAAAGAAAAGUAUGGUGAAAGACCAUUACCCGAGAAGUUUACUAGAGAAGAUCAAUCUCAACCUGGUCCCUCUCGACCCACCACCCCGAUCCGAUCCAGACUACCUUUACAUCUUCAUUCACCUUCCGCAUCACCAUCACGUUCUCGUCCGCCCUCUGUACCUGGUACUCCCCAACCUACCGGUACCUUUCCUCAAAGCCAACUUGGAGUUCCAGACCCUCUACAUCCAACGACGAUCACCACACCUCAGCAGUUCCUAGAUCAUUUCACAGCGUUGACAUUAUCGACGGAACAUGAGCAAGAUAGCUUGUAUAGAGAUCAUCUAGCUGAGAUCGUAGGGUUGAGGGAGAAAUGCGAUGCUCUGAUAGACCUUUUGGAGAAUGGGGAGUUGGAAGUGGAAGAAAUGCUGAAGGCUUUAGCCUACGUCGAGGAGAGGAGCGAGAGUCUGAGAGGAGCAUGUGAGGAUUUGUUGGAAGAACAGACACACCUCCUCACUCACACUUCUCAACUCGCUCACCGACUGACAUUCUUCACCUUCCUCGAGGUCGCUCAGAAGAUGCUCAAUAAUCCAGGGAAUGAUUUGGUUUUAUCGCCGGACUUCUUACCUAUGGUGAAAAGGCUAGAUGAAUGUCUGGGUUAUCUAGGUGAACACCGUGACUUCAAAGACGCCGAGCUAUAUCUGAUACGGUAUCAACAAUGUAUGACAAGAAGUAUGACAUUGAUCAAGCUUUAUUUCGUUAGCGUGGUGAAAGCAUUAGGUCAGGAAAUCGCAAAGAGACUGAGUGAUAAGGGAAUAUCCGAAACCGCCGCUCAAGCAUUACUAUACACCAAAUUCAUCUCCCUCUCACAACCUUUACGACCCCUUUUAGCGGAAUUGGAAGCUCGAGUAUCAACCAAUCCAGAUGAACUGACACCGUUGUUGAGCGAAUGUCAUUCCGCUUGGAUAACGACUAGGCAGUCCCUGAUGGGUGGUAGAGUCAUGAAUGAAGUUAUGGGGAUGGAUCCUAAUGGAAGCGAUUUGGUCGAUCUUACUCGUUCAGGAUGUAGUUAUCUCAAGCAAACAUGCCUUGACGAAUUCAAACUCUUCAAACAUUUCUUUUUAUCUGGUGAAUCUGUUUUAUAUGGAUACCUCGAAACCCUCUGCGACUACUUAUACGACCAUCUCCGGCCUCGUAUCCUGCACGAGCCAUCUCUACAAGUACUAUGCGGUGUAUGUACAGUCCUACAAGCAUUGAUGGUACAAGACAUAACAGAAGAAGAGGACCCAGAUGAAGUUCUAUAUUCACCAUCAUCUACACCCGGUGGAAUCUCCCCGUAUGGCGUGAGAGAUGGUGAUGAUUACUUUGGAUCAAGACCUAGAUUAUCAAGACACGGUUCCUCACAAUCUAUAUCGAUGAGUAUGAGUCGACCAUCAGUCUUACGAAGACAAUCUUCCUAUGCUAGUAUAUCCCGUCAUAACUCUUAUUCCUAUACACCCAACUCGGUAAAACCUCAGAAGAAAAAGAGAAAACCUCUAGGUAGAUUACAUAUUGAGAUUCUCCUCAAGAUGGUUUUACAGGAUGCUCAGACGAGAUUGGUAUUUAGAGCUCAGGCGUUAUUGAGUAAUGAUGUCGAGUAUUAUGUACCGAAGGAAGGUGAUCUGGAUUACCCUCAGAAAUUAGGUAGUGGCUCGACGAACGGUAAACUCAUACAACGAACGAAAUCACUCUCUUUGGAUAUGGAAGAUGAUGAUGAACCUUCUUUCUUGACUUUACCACCACCGGAAGCUCAAGAAAGCUGGUAUCCCUCGUUAAGAGUGACACUAUGGAUUUUGUCGUGUUUGUAUACAUAUGUUGAUACCGCGGUGUUCGAAGACCUAGCGCAAGAGGCUAUACCCGUUUGUAGGAAAUCGUUAUCGUCUGCUGCGGAUUUACUCAGCGCGAAGAAAGAUAAAUCGAUAGACGGGAAAUUAUUCUUGGUCCGACAUUUGUUGAUAUUAAAAGAGAUGACUGCUGGACUAGGGUUGGAAAGUGGAAGAUAUAAGCGAAGAGAUUGGAGUAAUCUUGGUGACUUCUUGAAAUCCCUUUUGGACAAUGCUGGUACACUCCUCGGGUAUCAGAGAGGAUCAAUCGUCAAGGCUGAAUUCGCACCUGAUGCUAGAACUGACGUGGAUCGUACAUUGAAAAUAGCAUGUGAAGAUCUAAUUUCCCUAAUCGUUCAAAGAUCUACACUCCCUCUGAAAACCUUUUUGGACAAAUGUACUUUAUACCUUACAAAAUCAUCUUCUUCGAGAGGUUCAAUAUCUCAUACGCUAUUGUCUGGUAAUCAACCAGGAGCAGGAACAAUAUCGGAUCUAUCAGGACAAGAGUUUUCGAAACCUGCUCAAGUGAAAAUCAUUCACGAGGAAUUCAAGGUAUUGUUAAGUCAGGAGUUUAAAAUUUGGAAAGAUGAAUUGAGGAGGUAUUUGGAGGAUGAGGAUACUGUCCAGGUCUUGAUACCUCCUGCACAGAACGCCAUUGUCGAUUCCUAUAGGCAGUUCCACGAUCUCAUCAGAGCAGAAUACGAUUUCUCAACUGCUGCUAGCAUCAUGACGCCCUCUGGUGUUAUGAGCUUGUUACAGGGUAUACCGUAG